AUGACUGAGUCAUCCGAAAGUGGAAUCUACACUAACAUCAAGAUCAUCCUGCAACAAAGGAAACAAUUGCAUGAGCACAUUCAAGCCAUCAUCAAACUCUUAGAGGUCAAUGACAAUGUCCACGUCCCCUUAAUGGUACUCUUCAUGAUUAGACACAUACAAUCUCAACUGAAAUUAAAUUUCGACUCUCUCAUCAGAUUAAGAGAAUUCAAGAACACUCCUCAGUUCGACAAGAUACAAAGUAUUUAUAAGGAAGACGAAAGCUAAAUCUUCCUCGUCGAAAAGCAGAUAGUCCAGGAAUUGAACAAGUCCCAAUGUCCUUCUGACAACGUCACCACCGAAGAAUUCCAAUGGAAUACUAAAUAGUUCUUGCGUACCAUCUCCGAUGAUAUCCAAUUGUCAGAAUUGCAGAAAUAUUUCUAUCGAUUUUUAGAUUCACUUAAUAAAUGA